AUGCUACCGUCAGAGUCAAGUACUAAGAAACCUAGAAUCAGUGGGCAAACACUUGCAGAAAACAAUAUCUUGUUUUAUAGCAAGGUCCACGAUCCCCACAAAUUACGACGAUGGGUCCAACCAAUUCGUCAACUUCUCAUCCGCCGGCGUACCAAAAUUCCUUGCAACAUCAGAUACAAACUCAAACACGAGCUUGAAAAUUUCCAUGAUCUGGACGAGAACGAGUACAAAAUCAUGACCAACACUGAGUCAUUCGAUAGUUCUGUCGAUAGAUGGGACUUGCAACCUAACGAUGAAGAUUUCGAAACUGCACCUCCACUGAUGAAUCUUUUUGGAAGAGCUGAUACUGUAAAUCUUGUGGUACUGAAAGAACUGAAAUCUUGUUUUGAUAUCUCACAAAAGUUUGUCAAGCUACGCGGAGACCAAGCACAUGAGCGCGAAUGGCAAAAUGUCUUGCAAGAACAUAUCUUCACAACCUAUCAAAAUGAAGACGGUGGCUCCGAUUCUUUCAAAGAAAGCAACAUGCAGCUACGCUGGGAGCGACAUCAAGAAACUCACUGGACCGAGUUCAAGCAAUCAUCUCCAUCUGGCUUCCGAGACGGCAAAAGUACCUUGACAUAUCCCGUACCGGACUUUACUUACGGAUUCCCCAUUAUCGAUACCACCGACCCUAUCUACACACCAUAUCUAACGCAGCGACUGACUGAGAACUUCUCUCUUCCAACGCUCCACAAACUCCGGGAAGCCGGUGUGUUAUCCUCGCCGCGGAAGACCCUAGCGCAAUGGAACUCUUCAAAACCCACGAGGGACCAAAUGCGCAGUCUAGAUCUCAUGUGCUUCCCCUGGGCUGUCGUUGAGGUAAAGUCCGCUGCCGUGGAUGUCAGCACAGAAAGAAUGUGUUAUUGCCAAGCUGCGAAUGCUUCUGCCGCCGCCCUUAGCCUACGAGAGAAGCUGCUUCUAGCUUCGAAAAAGAACGAACCUAACCCUGAGGCUCUCGUCAUCUUCUCUUUCACAUGUGUUGGUACGCAUGUCAAGCUUUGGCUCACAUACAGGCCCACCAAGAAGAAGGUCGUUAUGCGAUGUAUAUGGGCAACUUCAUUGGAAAUUUCGUGGGGUGUCUUCGUCCUACGCAUGGUGCUUAAGAAUAUGCAUGAAUGGGUCAACCGAGAGGUCAGACCAGAGCUUUCUCGAUGGAUUGAGGGAGCCCGGGGAUGUCCAAAACCCCGGUUUUUUCUGAGUCCUGAUGGUGACUUGGUAGAGCAAAACAAAAGAGCUGCGUCCCAGGAGCCGCCCUCCAAACCUCCGACAGACAGUCCUGUUUUGCGAAAGUCCUAUUCUUCUCAGAAAGAUGCCGCACAAUAUUCCCAACAGACUAGCCGUAUUAUUCGCUCUGGUGCGCCAAGUCCAACUUUCAGUAACUUUCAAAGCGCGUUCAGGGGUAGAGUGGAAACAAACGGCGUUGGAUGCGACAACGAUGAUGGUAGAAACGACAGCGGCAAAGACGAAGAAGCCAGUGAAGAUUCUCCGGACGAAGGCUACUAUAGCUCACCUAAGAAAAACACUAAAAAGAAAGCCACACCUACCUUAUUAUGCAAGCAUAAACACGACAUCUCCUGCAAGUGCGGCAAGAAGGGCUGCUUGAUAAUCGAUAAUGAAGAUCUAGCAAAUGGUCUCUCUUCACUUUCCCUAUCCGACAGGAAAAGGUAAUACACGACACUCUGGCAGCUGCAUGAGCGGGUCAUGCGGGAAAAACGAAGUCUUCCAGUUGGACGCGGAUUGGGUGCAAUUUGUGGAAAAGUCUCAACACGGGAAAUACUUACAUGAUUGGUCGAGCCACCUUGUAUUCGUACUGUAUUUAUUCUUGCACAUCGUU